GCCGGGCGCGGUGGAUGGACCUGUUCGGGGACCUGCCCGAGCCCGGCGGCUCGGCCCAGGGGAAGGAGGCCCAGGGGCAGCUUCGGCUCUUCGACGACCUCCCUCCGGCCGGCAGCGCCGACACAGGAAAAGGAAGCUCUUUGCUCUUCGAUGAUCUCCCUCCGGCCGGCAGCAGCGAUGCAGCCUCCAGCACUCCUGAGCAGGUCUCAGCAGGGAGCCAUGCAAAAGGGGAGAAGAGGAAGUCCCUGGAGGAGGAAGAGAAGAAUGGCAGGGAAGAACUUGUGGAAAAGAAAGUUUGUAAAGGGUCAGUGGGCAUUCUUGGAUUGAAGGGCUACGUGGCAGAGAGGAAAGGUGAAAGAGAAGACAUGCAGGAUGCACACGUCAUCUUGAAUGAUAUCACUGAGGAGUGCCAGCCUCUGCCCUCCCAAGUCACGCGUGUCUCAUACUUUGCUGUUUUUGAUGGCCACGGCGGAGUCCGAGCCUCGAAGUUUGCAGCACAGAAUCUGCACCUCAACCUGAUCAAGAAAUUUCCAAAAGGUGAGGUGGUCAGUGUGGAGAAAACCGUGAAGAGAUGCCUUUUGGACACCUUCAAACAUACAGAUGAAGAGUUUUUAAAGCAGGCAUCCAGUCAAAAGCCUGCAUGGAAGGAUGGCUCCACAGCUACGUGUGUCCUGGCUGUUGACAAUAUUCUCUACAUCGCCAACCUCGGUGACAGCCGGGCUAUUCUGUGUCGUUACAAUGAAGAGAGCCAGAAGCAUGCAGCCUUAAGCCUCAGCAAGGAGCACAACCCCACCCAGUAUGAGGAGCGUAUGCGGAUACAGAAGGCGGGGGGAAAUGUCAGGGAUGGAAGAGUGCUGGGAGUGCUGGAGGUUUCCCGCUCCAUUGGGGACGGCCAGUACAAGCGCUGUGGUGUGAUCUCUGUGCCAGAUAUCAAACGCUGCCAGCUCACACACAAUGACAGAUUCAUCCUGAUAGCGUGUGACGGCCUCUUUAAAGUCUUUACGCCAGAAGAAGCUGUGAACUUCAUUGUGUCCUGCCUGGAGGAUAAGAACAUCCAGAAAAGAGAAGGGAAGCAGGAAGCAGACGCUAGAUACGAAGCUGCCUGUAACAGACUGGCCAACAAGGCGGUGCAGCGAGGGUCGGCGGACAACGUGACGGUCAUGGUGGUUCGGAUAGAGCACUGAGAGAUGAGGAGCAGCAGCGAGGCCCCCAUCUGAUGCAAAGAUGGGACGAGUCGGUGUGGGUCUGUGCGUGGUGGGGGGAGGGCCCUGCUGCGUGCUCCUCAGUGUAAAUAAAGGUUUUUUUCUAAUA